CUCACAUCCCUUAUAUAUAUCCAAUAUCGGGAUCCGGGAACGCUAUUGUGAUACCCUUCACUGACCAGGAUAACUCCAUCCAUUGUCCAUUAUGCUCCUCGAAACUACUGGCACAGCAGCUUUCAAAGUAGGCAAUGAAACCUACCAGACGUGGUACAAAGUUAUCGGCGACCUGGAAUCUGGCAAGCCGCCUCUCGUCACUCUUCAUGGAGGACCUGGUUUUACACACGAAUAUAUGCUCGUCCAUAAGGCCUUAACGGAAUCUGCAGGAAUACCUAUCGUGGCGUACGAUCAGAUUGGGAACGGACACUCAACACAUUUGCGUGAUGCCCCCAAGGAGUUCUGGACGCCAGAAUUUUUCAUGGACGAGCUCGAUAACCUCCUCGACCAUUUAGGCAUCUCUGAGUGCUUCGACCUAGUCGGCCAAUCAUGGGGAGGAAUGCUGGCCGGACAAUAUGCAGCUACUCGUUCACCCAAGGGCUUGCGCCGCUUGGUGAUUCUCAACUCGCCGGCGUCAAUGGAACUCUACGAAGUAGGGACUAAUGCCCUUUUGGAAAAGUUCCCUGCGGAUUUUGUUUCCAUGUUGCGGAAGCAUGAACGAGAGGGUACGACUAGCUCAAAGGAAUAUGGGGACGGAAUGAUGGUGUUCAUGAAGAAACACGUCUGUACGCUGGAUCCGUGGCCUGAGGAUGUCAUGGCGUCGUUUGAGUCGUUUGGAAAGAAUCCUACCGUUUACCACACAAUGCUGGGACCGUCGGAAUUUAAUGUGACCGGAACUCUUAAGACCUGGUCCAUCGUCGACAUCCUUCACAAGAUCACCUAUCCCACGCUGAUUGUCAGUGCGCCCAAUGAUGAAGUACAGGAUGUCGCGGUCAUGCCGUGGUUCUUGAGGGUCCCAAAAAUCAAGUGGCUUGAGCUUUCCAACAGUACACACCUGGGGCUAUACGAGGAAAAAGACAGAUACCUUCAUGUCCUUGAGGAAUUCCUUGAAUCGGCCGUUUAAAGUUUUACUGUAAAUUGAUCUUCUGCACCGAUAUGUACCUUUGAAAUAUCUGAAGUUUCUCAGCCGUCUGAAAUCCUAUGUAUCGAAUUAGGGAAACAGUACGAUUAUUGGGCAUGAUAAUGGCAUGAAACACAUGUGACCGCUAAGAUCGACUGACAGUAGAGCGCGUCCAAACCCUAUGUAUUUCUCGAUGAGCACCAUUGUUGCAAUUGAAAAUCGACCACUUACCGUGGUGUGUUCCAAACACAAGAGAUCUGAUCUGUUAACGUUCCAGAAUAUCCGUUUCCAAGUGAUAUCUGAGAGAGGCCUAGUCACUGUUACCGUCGUUAUGUAUUUAUGGCACCUCAAGCAC